UCUUAUUUGCCGCUUAAUUUCUUCUGCAUACGUGAACACAGGCUCCUCUCCCUCCUCCAUCGUUUCCUCAUCCUUAGUCCCCGCUAUCAGCUUCUCCGUGUUCGUCUCCUUCAGUUGUUCAAGGAUUGCAGCGACACCGGAGACAUUCUUGCUUUUGACACGGUUAAUGUCCUUGUCGAGGGGUCUUGCAUAUGGUAGCGGCGGUCGAGGGGCGAAUAACUUUAGUAGAUUUGGUGGAAGUAGAUGCGUACCAGGCAUUUUGGUGGAUAGCAGGCCGGCAACGUCGACGAUGAGUGCGAACCCUGGCCGUUUCAAUCUCCGCCCCAAAAUAUUAGGUAAUAUUCUGCUUUAGGCAGGAAAUUUCUGGAUUUUCCCACAAUGUGGCUUGCAGUUUGUACUGGUACUAGACACGCCUCCACCGUCGCAAAUGCCGCCUUUUCUUCGUAUUUCUUUCACAAUGGCCAAUGGCUUGCAUCCAAAUCUACGCCGCUUAGCCAUCCGCCGCUACUGAGGCUCAAUCAACCAUUGCCACCGCGAGUGCCGACUUCAGCGUUCAAAAAGGUUGAAAUAUCCUCUCUGUCCCAAUUACUUGGGAUAUAUACGCAGCUGUCGAAGCCGCAUCUCAGCAUACUCGUAUGUUUGACCGCGAUGGGCGGCGUCGCGCUUUCUCCACUUCCUACAACGAUCCCGACAUUGCUAUCAACGGCGGUUGGGACUGCAUUGUGCGCCUCGUCGGCUAAUGCAUUCAAUAUGUUGCAGGAGGUCCCUUUUGAUGCGCAGAUGGCCCGGACGCGGUCACGCCCCUUAGUGCGAAAGGCGAUCAGCCCUCUUCACGCGACUAUGUUCGCAGUAGCUACAGGUGUAGCUGGUCCGGCACUGUUGUGGACGAUGGUGAAUCCAACGACAGCCAUCUUGGGUCUGAGCAAUAUAGUGUUGUACGCCGGCAUCUACACCUGGAUGAAACGGAAGAGUGUCUGGAAUACGUGGGUUGGUGCCAUCGUUGGGGCAAUACCACCCGCUAUGGGCUGGACAGCUUGUGGUGGACAGCUGUUCCCUCCGAUAUCCUCUUCCUUUCCCAUCUUUCUUCCCGAAUUUCUAUCCUCCAGUCCGGUGGAUAUAUCAGUACUCGACAGUCCACUUGCUCCCUUCGUCCUCCCAAUGCUUCUCUUCAGUUGGCAAUUUCCGCAUUUCAAUUCGCUGUCAUAUUUUGUCCGAGGUUCAUACGCACAGGCAUGCUACCGAAUGCUAUCUGUACUCGACCCUCAAAAGAAUGCUCUCGUUGCCUUGCGCCACGCCAUACUUCUAACCCUUAUAUGCUCAAUCGCCGUUCCUCUCUCCGGUCUUACAACAUGGACCUUUACGUUGACGUCGCUGCCCCUAAACCUCGUAUGUGUACAAGCUGCAUGGAAGUGGUGGGAAAAACAGGGUGGAGAGAAGCAAGCAAGAAUUGUUUUCCGACACAGUCUGUGGUACUUGCCGCUGAUAUUGGGUCUGAUGAUGAUACACAAGCGAGGUGUAGAUUGGUUGCAGUGGAUAGGUGUGCGCGAGAAAAAGGAAGAGGAAGUAGAUACAAAAUUGUCGCUGAACACUGUCAAUGCAAGGUGAUGAAGAAUGUAACAUUAUCUGUAUUUGAGACGUACAGCAGUCAUGAAUGUGCUUUGAUUUUGGAUGCCCUAGCUGCCGCUCGUUCUUUUUUCAGUGCGUCAAGUCUGCUCUUCAUCAAAAUUACCUUCAU